GCGGCGUCCCUUUCCGACCGUUGGCGCGAGAAGGGACGACCAGAGAAACCCUAUCCCCUCCUCCCCCUUCCCUUCGAUCGCAAAAAGAGGAAACCCUAACCCUGGCCAUGGAAUCCCGCACCAAAUUCUAUCUCCUCCCUCUCCUUCCCCUCCCAUGGCGAUCCACGUCGGAAUCUCCUCCACCUGCUCCCUCCCCCACCUCUUUCCCGGCCCCGGAUUGCGCCGCGAGAAGCUCGGGCUACGAUGCAGGGCGAGCCUCGGCGGAGAAGACGAGUAUUUGAUAGAUGCGCCGGAGUCGGUUGGAGAUGGAUUCGCUUUCAGUGGAGGGAAGUAUGCUGAUGGGCCGAGCCGAUCUGAUGAGUGGUUUUCUCAGGGAAAAAUGAUUAAAGCUCAUCCAGUGUAUGGAAAUAGAGGGAAGGCAAAAGAACCAAUUUUCGGUCUUACAAUGGGUUCCAGCUCACAAUCCUCGGCAGAUGUUUUCAGGUGGUUUUGUGUUGAGGCUGGGAGUUCUUCCAAUCCUUCAGUCGUAUUAAUUCAUGGUUUUCCAUCUCAGGCUUACUCUUAUCGCAAAGUUCUUCCCAUACUCUCUGAAGGUUAUCAUGCCACUGCUUUUGAUUGGCUAGGAAGGAUGUAUAAGUUUUCAACGAACAAUACAGAGCAGUUUAGUGACCCGCUAUACAGGCAUUCUACUCAGUUGCUAUUACAGUGUUUUGGGUUUUCAGACAAGCCCCAGCCAAAGUACGGAUUUGACUAUACUCUCGAUGAAUAUGCUUCAUCCUUGGAAUCUCUUAUUGAUGUUAUUGCUCCAAACAAGCUUUCUCUUGUUGUUCAGGGCUACUUUGCUCCAGUGGCUGUCAAGUAUGUGAGCUAUCAUCAAGAAAAAUUGAGACAUCUUAUACUUAUUAAUCCGCCUGUUAGUGAUUAUCAUAUAUCUUUUAUUUGUUGUCAAGCACAAUAG